CUUGCAAAGCAAACACUUGAGGAGUUCUCUAGUCUGCGCAACCAAUCGUCGACACAACCCAGCAAGGACGGUACGGAACGAGGCUGGGAGCGGGAGGGAGGACCCGGACAGCAAAACAUGGCGAAAUAACAACUUUGGCUGUCAUUACACACCCCAGCGUUGGAAUUAUUACAAGUGGUCAAAUCUGGACGGCGCAAAGAGAACGAUAACUUUAAAGAGUCGAUCGGGCCCUGCAGUUGACAAAACCGGGGGCUGGUCCAGAACAUACCACCCUCCCGCCUGCCCGCCUGCCUCCCUGACCGGCUGCCCGUGUUCUUCCUGGAAGGUUGGCGCGGCUGUUGACACAGAAAAUGGAGGAAGAAGCAAAGUUUAUUCGACAGGCUGUUUAGCUGCUGCCUUAGCCGCUAGCUAAUUUGAUUGCGCGCACCUGCGUCCUCGGACUGCCAUGUUAUUGGAAAUAUUGAACAAGUUUGAAAACAACCGACGCAUAGAACGGCACUUGUAACAGUACAAUUGGGGGAUAUUUACUUCAGGGUAAUGAUAGGCGGGUUCUGUUGCGGUGCGGACUGACCCAGACGCCAUCACAUCAGACAUUACGUGCUCCUUAAAAAAACAAGCACUGCGUUUCUUGGCUUAAAAUUUGUUUUGUUUUUUCUUACACCGUCAUCAACCAAUGGAACUGGUGCGCUUUUAGUCUAGUUUUCCCUGGAAUGCAACAAUUCUCUUUGAAAACGUCAGUUGGAAUGUUAUUCGGCAUCAUAGUCGCCGCGUCUUGUCAAAAUGAAGGCAGCAAGGUGUUCAACAGUGGAUAUGCACUGCUUUGAAAAUCUAAUGGCGGUUACGGCCGAUCAACACUAAAAGUUUGUUGAAAUCUUCUAUUUGGAGGUGAAUGUAUUUUAGCUCGAAAAUUUUUGUACAAGUCAACAUUAGCUAUCCAGCUGGACGCUUGUAACUGCGAUAUCUCUGAAGUGCAGCCGUUUCCCCUAACCAUUUCAGCUAACUGGACUGCCUACUUAUAGCCAUUUAUUUUUUUUAUUUUUUUUUGUCCUGUCCAGCUUCUCAGGCAAAUCAUAUAUAUGAUGUAGAUGCCCAUAGCCAUUUAUGCUACAUAAGCCCAUUUGAGCUCACCAAAGUUGCCAUCGACACCCACGCCCCGAAGUGCUUCUUCAGGAAAACCUGGCUAACUUGUUACGCUAACGCUCCAAGUUUUGGUCAGCCAUGUCUGAAAACGCCCCCACACGAAGCCUGGACGACAUUGACCUGGCCGCUCUAAGGGAUCCAGCAGGAAUCUUUGAGCUGGUUGAGGUUGUCGGCAAUGGGACAUAUGGACAAGUGUACAAGGGUCGCCAUGUGAAGACAGGCCAGCUGGCGGCCAUCAAGGUGAUGGAUGUCACAGAGGAGGAAGAAGAGGAGAUCAAAGCUGAAAUCAACAUGCUGAAAAAAUACAGCCACCACCGCAACAUAGCCACGUAUUAUGGUGCCUUCGUCAAGAAGAGCCCACCAGGACACGAUGACCAGCUUUGGUUGGUGAUGGAGUUCUGUGGGGCGGGCUCAGUAACUGACUUGGUUAAAAACACUAAAGGCAGUUCACUAAAGGAGGACUGGAUUGCGUACAUCUGCAGAGAGAUUCUAAGGGGCCUUUCCCAUCUACAUGCACAUAAAGUCAUCCACAGAGACAUUAAGGGCCAGAAUGUUCUGCUCACAGAGAAUGCAGAGGUGAAACUAGUUGAUUUUGGAGUUAGUGCUCAGCUUGACAGGACGGUGGGGCGUAGAAACACUUUCAUUGGCACGCCUUACUGGAUGGCGCCAGAAGUCAUUGCCUGCGAUGAAAACCCUGACUCGACCUACGACUACAGGAGUGACAUUUGGUCCUUGGGAAUUACCGCAAUCGAAAUGGCCGAAGGAGCGCCUCCACUGUGUGACAUGCAUCCAAUGAGAGCCCUUUUCCUGAUUCCCAGGAAUCCCCCUCCUAAACUCAAAUCAAAAAAGUGGUCCAAGAAAUUUAUUGACUUUAUUGAGGCCUGCCUUGUGAAGACAUACACCAGCCGACCAUCCACAGAGCAACUGCUCAAGCACUCCUUCAUCAGGGACCAGCCUACCGAGCGCCAGGUCAGGAUUCAGCUCAAAGACCACAUUGAUCGGACACGCAAAAAAAGGGGAGAGAAAGAAGAGACCGAGUAUGAAUAUAGUGGUAGUGAUGAAGAGGAUGAAAAUCGUAGCGAUGACAGAGAAUCAAGCUCAAUCCUCAAUGUGCCUGGGGAGUCCACCCUGCGCCGGGACUUUCAGCGUCUCCAGCAGGAGAACAAGGAACGAUCGGAGGCCCACAAGAGGCAACAGGCACAACUGGCUGCUCAACGCAGGGACCCCGAGGAACACAAGAGGCAACUCUUGCAUGACAGGCAGAAACGCAUUGAGGAGCAAAAAGAGCAGCGUCGACGACUGGAAGAGCAACAGAGAAAGGAGAGAGAGAUGGUGAGGCAGCAGCAAGAAAAAGGUCCCCAUCGUAGACUCGACGAUAUGAGACGGGAGGAAGAUAGGAGGUUGGCUGAAAGAGAGCAGGAGUUUAUCAGGCAUAAGUUAGAGGAGGAACAGCGGCAGCUAGAAAUUCUUCAGCAGCAGCUGCUUCAGGAGCAGGCACUGCUUAUGGAGUAUAAGCGCAAGCAGCUGGAGGAGCAGCGUCAGUCAGAGCGGCUGCAGAGACAGUUGCAACAGGAACAUGCUUACCUAGUGUCACUGCAGCAACAGCAGCAGGAAAAGAAGCCCCAGCUCUACCACUAUAACAAAAACUUGGAGGCCAACAACAAACCCACAUGGGCCCGAGAGGUGGAAGAGCGAAGUAAGCUCAACCGACAAGGCUCUCCCAAAAUCUGUACCACUGUCUCUGACACUGCCAUCCAGUCACGCUCAGAUUCAAUCAGCCAGUCUGGAGUUGCCCAGUCUGCUCAGACGCCCCCAAUGCAGAGACCUGUUGAACCACAAGGGGGGCAGGGCAAGUUCCAGAUGGCUCAUUUGGUUCCACUAAAACCUUAUGCUGCCCCUGUCCCACGCUCCCAGUCUCUCUGUGACCAGCCCACUAAGACCAUGUCCGCAUUCCCCACCCAGGAUCCCUCCCUCGCCCCUACACCACGACCCAUCCACUCCCGAGAGCUAGUGCGUCAGAACUCAGACCCCACAUCUGAGACCCCUGCACCACAAAUACACCAAAUCAGAGAAGAGCGUGGGCCCUGGAUUCGGUUGCCAGAUGCGGAACUUCCACCCAAGAUUCCCCAGAGAACAGCAUCAAUUGCCACAGCUCUCAACACCAACCUGACCUCUGGAAUUAGGCAUCCAGUUAGAGCUAGUAAUCCAGAUCUCAGCCGAAACGAUCGCUGGGAGAGAGGAGACAGUAUGGCCAUCAUAUCUAAUCUGCCACAGACAGGCUCGUUAGAAAGACAUCGCAUCCUCAGCUCCUCCAAAAUGGAUUCUCCUAUUCUGUCUCGUGAUAGUCGUCAUAAGCCAGGGGAGUCUCGGACUUCUUCCCGGCCAGGGCGUCCAGCUGAAACAGAGAUGGCGUUGCAUGCAGUUAUGUCUUGCAUAAAGGACCAUGGCCUCUUUGCCAAAGAGCGUGCUGAGGAGCAGCCGAGGCCCCCAGUCAAGGCUAAUGACUACUCCUCCUCCUCGGAAAGCAGUGAGAGCAGUGAGGAGAGCGAAAGCGGGGAGGGAGUCGAAGAGGAGGAGAGCCCAACUGAUCGUCACAGGGACGCGGACACUGAUUCUGUCAACACCAUGGUGGUUCAUGAAGACGAGGCCGAGGAGGGAGAAGUAGAGCAGGCUGGGGGUUAUGGAGAUCAUACAAUGUUGGUGCAGAGGACCCCAGAGAAGCGGAGCCACAAUGGAUACACUAACUUGCCAGAUGUGGUGCAGCCCUCUCACUCCCCCACUGAUUCCACCACACACUCUUCCCCUGGGAAGGACUCUGUGUAUGAUUAUCAGUCCAGAUGCUUGGUCAAGGCACCUGGCAAGUCCUCCUUCACUACAUUUGUGGAUCUUGGAAUGUACCAGACACCGGGAGGUACCGUGGAUAACAUCUCUGUUAGCAGCUCACGAUUUGAGCAGCUAAAGAUGGAGGUGAGGAAAGGUUCCAUGGUGAAUGUAAAUCCCACCAACACACGCCCUCCCAAUGACACACCUGAGAUACGCAAGUACAAGAAGAGGUUCAACUCUGAGAUCCUGUGUGCUGCGCUUUGGGGUGUUAACCUGUUGGUGGGCACAGAGAAUGGUCUGAAGUUGCUUGACCGCAGUGGACAGGGCAAAGUCUAUCCACUCAUCAACUCUCGCAGGUUCCAACAGAUGGACGUUCUGGAGGGCCUUAACCUGCUUAUCACCAUUUCAGGCAAGAAAAACAAGGUCCGUGUCUACUACCUGGCCUGGCUGAGGAACAAGAUCCUCCACAAUGACCCUGAAGUAGAGAAGAAGCAAGGCUGGACCACAGUGGGGGAGAUGGAAGGCUGCGUGCACUACAAAGUCGUAAAAUACGAGAGGAUAAAGUUCCUGGUGAUUGCUUUGAAGAAUGCAGUGGAAGUGUAUGCUUGGGCACCCAAGCCUUAUCACAAAUUCAUGGCCUUCAAGUCUUUUGCAGACCUGCCACACAGGCCUGUCCUUGUCGACCUGACUGUCGAGGAGGGUCAGAGGUUAAAGGUCAUCUACGGUUCUUGUGCUGGCUUCCACGCCAUCGAUGUGGACUCUGGGAACAACUAUGACAUUUACAUCCCAGUUCAUAUCCAGAGCCACAUAACACCGCACGCUAUUGUGUUCCUGCCAAGUUCAGAUGGCAUGGAGAUGCUGUUGUGCUACGAGGAUGAGGGGGUCUAUGUCAACACGUACGGGCGCAUCAUUAAGGACGUGGUCCUGCAGUGGGGUGAAAUGCCGACAUCUGUUGCUCACAUUUGCUCCAAUCAGAUCAUGGGCUGGGGAGAAAAAGCCAUUGAAAUCCGUUCUGUGGAAACUGGCCACCUGGACGGCGUCUUCAUGCACAAGAGAGCUCAGAGGCUCAAGUUCCUUUGCGAGAGGAACGACAAGGUGUUCUUCGCCUCCGUACGGUCGGGAGGCAGCAGCCAGGUGUACUUCAUGACCUUAAACAGAAACUGCAUCAUGAACUGGUGAAGGAACAGCUGCUCUACUCUUUGUGAACGCAGCAGGGUUUGGAGAUGGAAGUCAAUCCAACAUUCUCUCAUGCUCAUUCUCGCUCAUUUGCAUACGCACUGAUAAAUGCGCAUGUUUUCUGAUAAAGACUCCAGGCUACACUGGAGCCCACAAUAACAUUUCUCUCUGUACCUCCAUAGAAAAUCGCUGAUUUCCAGUUUAUAGCAUUUAAUUGCUUUCUACUGCAUAUAUUCUUCUUGUCUUGACUUCCUUUAUUUGGUGUGCUCGACGUAACAAAUGGGUUUCUAAUUGUGAAGUGCAUUCCUACAUGGUUCUCCCAGUUACAGAAGGAAUUAUUUCCCAAUACUGUAUGUUAAAGCUGUAAAUAGCACCAGUCACUUAUAUAGCCUUCAUUUGCCGUGCUGUCACAGAAAUUGUCGGCACACCCAUCUGCUGUGUCUUGCGGCUCCUAGUUGUUUGAGGAUCACUAGAAUUUUCAUGGGGGCUUAGUACUUCACUGCAAAAAGGGAAGAGUUCGGCAAGCUUGUCGAAAAGUAAAAGCGUAUCUGGGAGUCCUGCUUUUGCUCAUCUGGAAAAUAUCCAUAACCGAGCAGUACUCUGUUACAGUACUGUGAAACGUCUUGCUUUGUCUUUUCUCUUCCGUUGAGCCGAACCAAUUAGCUGUCUGUUCACACUAGUACAUAACAUUUACAUUCUUAGCAGAUUUGAUAUUUAUAUGUAGUAAUUAUGUAUGGGUAGUAGCCUACUGGUAGUCUUGAUUUUGCUCUACUGCAGACCUGGGCAAAAUACGGCCCGUUAAGCUUUUCUAUUCCGCCCGCCGAACAUUUCCAAAUAAUUGUUUUCAACUUUUGACAUCCAAACUAUGAAUGUGCGGUGCCAUUUUCAAAUUACUGUGAGUCUUGAAUUAUAGAAAAUAUUCCAAUGGUUGGAAUCUGCGCUUUUGAUUGAUGUACGGGUUAUUACGGUAAUGACGAAGGCACUACGUCUCAGCAGCUCCAAGCAGACGAGGCAUGACGCAAAGUGGCCGCGGUUUGUUACAGAGCAGCCAGCCUGAGGCACGGUUGUCAGGGAGCAGAUUUUUACAACAAAGUUAAUCAAAUUGAUAUUUUAUCAGAUUGUGAGUGUAUUUUUACCCUUUACGUUCAUAUUUUGCCCUGUUGCGUUUUGAUUGAUUGUAAAAGAUGUCAAUCAAGGAAGUGGUCUGAGAAGUAAAAGAUGAUCUACGUUCAUGUUUUAAAUUUUCAGUGUUUUAUCGUUCAUACUUAACAUUGGAAAGACCUUUUUUUUUUUCAUGUACAUUAUGGGUGUCAUUCAGUAAAAAAAAAAGUAAAUUUCCGUUCUGUUCAUCUAUAUAUAUAUAUAUAUAUAUAUAUAUAUAUAUAUAUAUAUAUAUAUGAGUUUCCUCCGCCGGGUGGCGGGGCUCUCCCUUAGAGAUAGGGUGAGAAGCUCUGCCAUCCGGGGGGAGCUCAAAGUAAAGCCGCUGCUCCUCCACAUCGAGAGGAGCCAGAUGAGGUGGUUCGGGCAUCUGGUCAGGAUGCCACCCGAACGCCUCCCUAGGGAGGUGUUUAGGGCACGUCCAACCGGUAGGAGGCCACGGGGAAGACCCAGGACACGUUGGGAAGACUAUGUCUCCCGGCUGGCCUGGGAACGCCUCGGGAUCCCCCGGGAGGAGCUGGACGAAGUGGCUGGGGAGAGGAAAGUCUGGGCUUCCCUGCUUAGGCUGCUGUCCCCGCUACCCGACCUCGGAUAAGCGGAAGAAGAUGGAUGGAUAUAUAUAUAUAUAUAUAUAUAUAUAUAUAUAUAUAUAUAUAUAUUAUGUAUGUAUUAGGGGUGACAAAACGAUUUUCAAAUUAAAUCGAGAUUCUUAUUUGUAACUAUUUUUAAUCAAUUCAUAAAAAUAAAAAUCGAUUUAAAAAAAUAAUAUAUAUAUAAUACAUUUGUCCUGUCCAGCCACUCAGGCAAAUCAUAUUUUCGAUGUAAAUGCACAUAUCUGCUGUACAGAUUUACUUGAGUAAAGAGAGGUGUGGGAUACUUCUCUUGUUACCUUCUUUGUAUUUGACUAUUAAAUGUUUGGGUAGAUUUAUAAUAAACAAAACCAGUUUUCUUAUAAGUAAAAUAGAAAUGUAUUAGAGGUGUUAUCUAUUUUAUGGAAGAAUGUAGUUAAUCAUACAACUGGCACCCAAUAUUACUAAAAAGUAUUGAUUUUGAAUCGUAAAUCAUUUUGAAUUUAUAAUUCUCAAUCGAAACGAUACCCCCAAGAAUCAAAUCAAUCAAUCAAUCAAAGUUUAUUUAUAUAGCCCUAAAUCACAAGUGUCUCAAAGGGCUGCACAAGCCACAACAACAUCCUCGCAGGUCAAGAAAAAAACUCAACCCAAUGGGAUCGUGUGGUGCCCAAAGAUUCACAGCCCUAAUAUGUUUAUAGAUGUAUAUGUAUAUUUUAUGCACAGAUACACUCCAGCCCACAGACACUUGUUUUCUCAAUAUGACCCCCGAGUCAAAAUAAUUGCCCAGGUCUGCUCUACUGUAAUUAUAUUGCCAUAAUUUUGCAAUAUUUGCUGUUCUUGUGCAGGAAGAGACUGUGUUAGUGUCUGUGGCUGUAACCAGUGUGGUGAUUUAUCUUUAGGAGGAGCGCAGGGGUAUAUCCUCUACUGUAAAAUACACCAGUUGUCAUAGAUCUGUCAUGAGCAGUAGCACACCACAGAUGGAACAUCACAGAAAGAUAAGGCUGGAUAUAAUUUCUGUGUCUAUGUUUUGCCAAAUCAUUGUGUGGACCAAUACAGGCCAAAGAAGGAGGAAGCGGACAUGUUGAGACACAGUCUUCUCCGUUCUGUGUAAUGUCACUUGGAUAGAAACACUGCAGAAGGCGUGGGGGAGUUAUGAGGAAGUAACUGCAUUAGGUAGGUCACCCUGGCACUCUUAGCUCAGAGAUUGUAGGCAGACGUCGCAGCAGCUCGCUCGCAUUGGUCAGGUUCAAGUGUGUCACAAUUCUUAGUUAGCAGGGAUUUGUUGAGGUCUGAGGGAUGGAGUUGUUGCUUGGGUGAAAAACCGAAGUGCGAUCAACAGGGCUAAUCUGGUGUGAGGCGUUCCCGUAAGAAUAUAUAUAUAUAUAUAUGUAUAUAUAUAUAUAUAUAUAUAUAUAUACCUGUAUAUAUAUUGGAUAUACAAAUAUUGGAUAUACAAAUAUAUAUAUAUUGGAUAUACAAAUAUAUAUAUAUAUAUAUAUGUAUAUAUAUAUAUAUAUAUAUAUAUGUAUAUAUAUAUAUAUUGGAUAUACAAAUAUAUAACAAUGUACAGUGUAGCUUGAGCAGCCACUCUCAUGUAAGCCAUAGUGUAUCCAGGUUGUUUUCCCCCUUUUAGCUAUCUUGUGUCCUAUUCUGUGCCAUGACCCACAUUCCACACAGGAUCAGUGUGAUUUAUUUCGGGUUAUUACUGUUUCUCGACCAUAGCCAUGUUUACAGUUUAAGCAGUGCCUUGGAGUUGGAACGACGACAAUAUAAUAGGAUGGUUUUAAGACACCCCCCCCCCCCCCUAUCUCUUACUUGACAAGAGGCAUAGUUUGCCCCCAUGCCCCUUAAAGUGCACUUAAGGACUUAAAACGUACGUACUUAAAGCGUACGUAUUCCAAGGAUCCAAUCAGCGAGUUGCAAUAACAAAAUAAUCCAAUAAAUGUCAAGUAACAACAAAAAAUGGUCCUGACUCCGAGUGGGAGGCGGCACAGAGAAAAGCCAUACGUCAGAAACAUGUUUUGUGACGUCCACUCGUAGAUUGGCGCUUACCCUUCAAUGUCCAUCGUGUAACGUUGAAGUAGCUAGACGAUAUUAAGAGAAGUCCUAUUUUAUAAAGUAUGUAAAUUAGUCUGAGAAAUAACCGUGAAUGUACGUCUAUAUAAGAGAGAUUUGUAUUUAUAUAAAAGUGUGCCGCUCCUAUUAGUCAAAGCACAAUGUAGAAGCGUGUAUUUUCUCUGUUGGUCAUCGGGUAUGAGGUGGUACAGGUGGUUAACCGGGGCCUUGAUUUAGACUCACUUGGCUGUAAAUUGGGGCACAGUGUAACAUACAUGCUAACAUGAUCAUCCAAUGUACACGGUAAGAAAGUCACUUUCUAGAUAAAUACAGAGAAUCGUGCCAUUUGCUUGUUGUAACACAUUUAUUUUGUUUUUUGUUUCUUUUUUCAACUGUAAAUAUGACAAUACUCAUAUUGAACAACACAAAAUGUGUAUUGGCCCAUCUCAGGCAACAUUUGUACAAGGCACCUAAGCCCAAUAGGACUCAUUUGAGUAACAGGAGUGAGUUUUUAGCACAGAACUAGCAAAUAUCUGAACUUUAGCCACGUCAUUAAUGCUAAUAGCAUUUUGACACUAAACACGUUAUCGUAAUUUCCAGACUAUAGAGCACACCUAACUGAGCCGCACCAAUUUCAUUUCUGGAUGUAUUUUAUUUUGUACAUAUUGGUCGCACAUGUCUAUAAGCCGCAGGUGUACACAUUGAAAUAUGAAAUAUUUAAACAUUCGCUUGUGUUUAUUCACUAAUUUAAUAAAAUACACCCUGUAACACGGCAUACAGUAGCUUACCAGAGAGGCCUGUAGGGGCCCGUUAGUGAUUGUGAAUUUCUGUCACGUACGGAGGCUGUUUCUUUUUUUGAUAGCCGAGUUGGUGGCUUUAGGGCUGCGUCUUGUGCAUUUCAUCGUUUCUUCUCCACAGCGAGAGUGAGUCCAUAAUGUGCUAAAUGUCUGACUGAAUGAUUGUUUAAGUGUGUUUGAUAUAAUGUCUUUGGUCCACUGUGACUUGCUGGGCAAUUUCAGUUGGCUGAUGUGAUGAGGCUAAAUUAAUUGGAAAAAUGUGAAACUUGUAAACCUGAAAAAUUAUUAAAUUAGCCGCAGCAUUGUAUACAGGAUUCAAAGCGUGGGGAAAAAGUAAAUUGCGGAUCUCGGAAAUUACCGUAUCAUGAUUCAACAAAAUCAUCUUUAAUUACACCCCAAAAUUUGAUUUAUUUCACCUUUUUAAAUGUCUACUGCGUCUAUUUGUGUUUGUUUGACGUUCUCUUCUGCUGUUACCGAAUAGCAUUAUUUUCGUUUUACUGAGAUUCAAAGAGUCUGUUUUUGUCAAAUCAUCUUUUCAUUUCUUCUAUUUGUCUGAGCUUCUUUGUGUUCUCUGCCGGACCAAACAGUUGUGUCAUCCGCAAAUAGUGCUAACUUUAAGUUCUUUGUAACUUUACAAAUGUUUAUAAAAAGAUUAAACACUUUUGGUCCCAGUAUUAAUCCCUGAGGUACGCCACAAAGAUAUAUCUAGUGCUGUUAACAAAUUUUCACCUAAAAAUAAUUCUUCCAAAAUAUAAUUGAGGUAACACGACUGUGCUGAGCUAUUUUUUUUUUUAUCGUGGGUAAGGUGCUAGAGUAACAAGACUGACUGAAAUUGCAGGGGCACGACUUACAGGGGCGGUUUGCAACUUCCUCAUCUCACAGUUACAUUUUUUCAAAGCAAAAAACUAGAUUAUCACCGGCUAGCUUAUGUUACCAUUAGUGAGUUAACAGAACACAUUUGUUAGACUAUUGCAGUGGUUCUUAACCUUGUUGGAGGUACCGAACCCCACCAGUUUCAUAUGCGCAUUCACCGAACCCUUCUUUAGUGAAAAAUAAAAUGUUUUUUUUCAAAUUCAAGACAAAGUUAUAUGUUUUUGGUAACGCUUUAGUAUGGGGAACAUAUUCUAAGUAACAAAGACUUAAUUUAGAGUUAUUUGGUUAGGGCCAGGGUUAGAGGGUUAGGGUUAUAAUAAGGCCAUGCCAAAUAAGGCAUUAAUAAGUACUUAAUAAUGACCAGUUAAGAGCCAAUAUGUUACUAAUUUGCAUGUUAAUAAGCAACUAAUUAAUGAUGGAUAUGUUCCCCAUACUAAAGUGUUACCAUGUUUUUUUUACUAGUGCACAAAAUGAACCGUGCAUGAACAUCACCUUGUUCAAACAACAAAACCAACACAGUGCAUAAACUCACAACAAAUUACACACCUGCAAAUCAGUCUGACUUCUGCUGUUGCCGCAUCCGUAAUACGCCGAUAGGGAGAAGUUUUUAUUUACACGAUGAGUCGGGUGUGUCUUGACCUCCGCCGAACCCCUGAGCCCGACUCACCGAACCCCGAGGGUUUGAUCGAACCCAGGUUCAUAUAAAGUUAAAGUACCAAUGAUUGUCUCACACACACUAGGUGUGGUGAGAUUACCCUCUGCAUUUUACCCAUCACCCUCACCCCCUGGGAGGUGAGGGGAGCAGUGAGCAGCAGCGGUGGCCACGCCCGGGAAUCAUUUUUGGUGAUUUAACCCCCAAUUCCAACCCUCAUUGGUAUGACUCGGCCGGGGUUUGAACUCACAACCUACCGAUCUUAGGGCGGACACUCUAACCACUAGGCCACUAAAUAGUUGUGAGUGACUGUAAGAAAAUCUCUGUAUUGCAUUUGGGAAAGCCAUUUUGCACAACCUGCUGUUCAAACUUUUGUCUUGCGUCCGGGUCAAUACACUUGUUCCUACCAAAAUUAGGACACAUUUUAAAAUAAUAUUUACCAAUGUACAGUAUUUGCAUUAUGGGCUGCACAGUGUCAGCUGAUUAACUAUAAUUUCAGGCUUAAUGGCACACUGUAUGUUAAAAUAUCAUAAAUAAUUUGAGUAUGCCCAUGCAGUACAGCCAUGCAUAUCUGGUUUUUCCUUGAGAAAAAUCGACAUUGUGUCACAUUGCUGUAAAUCAACACGUGACAGUUCCUUAUUUAGAAAGUGGUACCUACCAGUGGCAAUGGUUGGUCAUGUUUGCUACCAGGAGCCAUUAAAAGCUGACAUGUUGUGAUGUGAUGUGAGUGUUCCUGAACAGGCAGGAUGCACCAAGUCAGAAAGACAAAUGCUGUCAAAAGUCAUUUCCCAAGCAAUACAAGCGUUUGAUCAGGUCCAUCUCAGCGUGGCUUCAGCAGGAGAAUAUUUGGAGGCCUCACUGAUGGCUGCUUUGUGAGUCUCUCAUUGCUCUGUAACCUUUGCUUUUCAACUUGUCUCUGUUUGCUUAACACAAUCAGUAGCUGUGAUUCCUCUCCUUGUUUGGCUUUUACUGAAUGCCAGAAUUUAUGAAGACGAUCAAAAAUGAUAAUCCAAGCUAAUCAUUCAAAUGAUACUAAUCAACAGGAGUGAUCAGCAGCAUUGAUUGACUGAAGAAAAUAAAUUGUAGUAGAAAACUAAUAGUUUUUUUUUUUUAUUGCUGUACACUGCAGUGUUGUUUUUUUUAGUUGGCCAGUGCUUAUUUGUGAGAGAUUGUGUUUCAUAAGCUCUUUACUUUCAAAAAGAUUGUGUUCAAUGAAUUCAUGUCUAAUACAGAAAAGUUUGAAAAAUAAAAUCUAUUGAUUUCA